GAGAAGAGACGAUUUAUGUGAAAACUGACCUAAUAGCUGGUUUAACUGUUGGAUUAACAAUGAUGCCUCAAUCUAUAGCUUACGCGGGUUUAGCAGGCCUUCCCGCGCAAUAUGGACUGUACACUGCGUUUAUCGGGUCGUUCACGUAUAUUUUUGUAGGAACUAUUAAAGAAGUUUCCAUUGGACCAACUAGUUUAAUGUCUCUAUUAACUUUUGGAUAUACUGUUGGGAAACCGAUAGAAUUUGUUAUAUUGUUAACAUUUAUAGCAGGAUGCGUAGAACUCCUUAUGGGAAUGUUAAGAUUAGGAUUCAUAGUGGAUUUUAUAUCUCCUUGUCUAACAUCCGGAUUUACAUCUGCGGCUACUAUAAUUAUUGGUUCUGCUCAAUUAAAAAAUCUACUUGGUAUUAAUCUUCAAGGUCAUAAUGCUCCUGAUAUUAUGAAAGAAUUAUUUCAGAAAUAUAAUCAGUUAAGAGUGUAUGAUACUGUGAUGGGAUUUAUAUGUAUCAUUGUCCUUUUAGUUAUUAAGAAUAUGAACAAAUUCAUCAAAACCGAGAACCCUACCUUCAAAAAAAUAAUAUGGCUGUUGGGUAUAUCGAAAAACGCACUUGUGGUACUAGGAGCUACAAUAGUGGCCGCGUCCUUUAGCGUUGACGGUCAAACGCCAUUCAAAAUAACGGGAAAUGUACCUAAAGGGGUUCCGGAAGUGCAAUUUCCUUUUAUGAGCGCCAAAAUUGGUAACGAAACUGUCGGAUUCGUAGGAAUGAUGAAAUCUAUAGGAAGUGGGGCAUUUGUAGUACCUUUUGUAGGUAUAUUGAGUAAUGUAGCGAUAGCUAAAUCAUAUAGUAAGAAUUCAAUAGUGGACGCCUCGCAAGAAAUGAUGUCGUUAGGUCUGGCUAAUAUAUUCGGUUCUUUCGUCAAAGCCAUGCCGAGCUCCGGAGCUUUUACCAGAUCCGCGGUGGCAAGUAGCUCUGAUGUACGAACACCACUUCAAGGCCUUUAUUCAGGUACUGUUAUCGUACUUGCAUUAAGUUUCUUGGCUCCUUACUUCUUUUUCAUCCCAAAGGCCGCAUUAGCGGCCGUUUUAAUAGUCGCCGUUAGUUCUUUGUUCGACUAUCAAAUAUUUCCGGUUUUAUGGAAAAGCUGCAAAGUGGACUUCUUCAUCACGUUGGGGACGUUAAUUUCAGGAGCAUUGUUCGGGGUUGAAAUUGCUAUUAUCGUAGGCGCCAUUUUCAACGUUACGACACUUCUUAAAGUGUGGGCUAGGCCCAAACUAACAGUUGAGGUUAAAAAAAAGGAUGAUUGUAGGCAGAUGUACCUACUAAUAAAACCGGAAUUGGGUUUAACUUAUCCUGGUGCCGAUUACGUUUCCGAAUGUAUCAAAAAAACCAGCAAAGAAUAUCCGACAUUACCUAUGGUUCUCGAUUGUCAAAACAUUCUUAAACUCGAUUAUGCAGCUGCUAAAACCUUGGAGAAUAUUUUGGAAUGUUACAACGAAACCGAAACUUCUCUCUUAAUAACAAAUAUGAAGGAAGAAGUUUUCAAAAUAUUCGAAACAGUGGCCGAUCCGGCAUUAACCUCAUUGUGUAGUAAAACAAACCAUGUUCCCGAAGCUGUAGUACUCAAUAUCGACGUUCAGCAAGACAAAGAAGAAAAUCCUUUGUUAGAGGGUACGCGAGAGAGAAAACAUUCGAAAUCAUCAUCAGUUGGCACUAUCAAAUCACUUCAUACAGAAAGGAGAUUGUCGAGAGGAUCAUUUAAAGGUGAUAGAAGAACGUCAAAUGUUUCUCAUAGAAGUGAUACGAGAAGAUCGUCUAUUAUGAGUAAAAAUAACGAAAGAAAAUUAUCAAUAUACGAUUUGGAAUAGAAUAAAUUAUAUUUAUUCAAAUAUGAUAUU